GAGCGCGCGCACCUAACAACAGCGUUAAAGUACAGACAGGUUGAUUGUGCGUAUUAUGUCCUAGCGUUAGUUUGACACGGCACUACGUGUACUUAAUGUCUUCCGCGUUACCUUUUAUGUAUCAAGUAAUUUAAAGUUAUACUCUAGGAACUAAUAAUCUAAUCAGCGUCACUGUCGGUUCUCUUGAGGCUGCUUUGCUCCAUCGCCGCACCUCUGCUUUAAGACUGAAUCUCAGAGGCUAAAUUAACCAUGCCUGCCGAAAACAGCGACCAGGAGAGCAUGCUGAGCUAUCAGAGGCCUGAUGAGGAGGUAGUGGUGGACCAUGGUGGCACAAGCUCAGUCCUUAAUAUCCAUUAUGAGAAAGAAGAGCUAGAGGGUCAUAGGACUCUAUUUGUGGGUGUGCGAAUGCCUAUGGGCAGAGAGUCUCACCGUCACCACCGUCCGCACAGCUCCAGACACCGCAGAAGAUCAGACAGGAUAAGGUCUGGAAGUGUAGCUCAGGAAGAGGAGAACACAGAAAGUUCUAUAGCUUCACACGACACCCCAUCCCAGAGGGUUCAGUUUAUUCUAGGCACUGAGGAGGAUGAGGAGCACGUGGCACAUGAGCUCUUCACAGAACUUGAUGAAAUCUGUGUCAAAGACGGCAAAGAUACGGAGUGGAAGGAAACUGCUAGGUGGUUAAAGUUUGAGGAGGAUGUUGAAGAUGGAGGAGAGAGAUGGAGUAAGCCCUACGUAGCUACGCUCUCUCUCCAUAGUCUGUUUGAGUUACGGAGCUGUAUCAUUAACGGAACCGUCCUGUUAGACAUGAGGGCCAACUGCAUUGAGGAAAUCGCAGACCUGAUCCUUGACCAUCAGGAGGCAGCACAUGAACUAGACGACAGUGUGAGAAUGAAAGUUCGAGAAGCACUUCUCAAGAGACAUCACCACCAGAGUGACAAGAAGAGGAAUAACCUGCUGCCCAUGGUCAAAUCCCUCACUGACUCAGGCAGAAGACAGAGUGAACCUCAUUCUAUGGACAAGAGCGGUCCUACCACCUCUCCUCAGCCUCCGCCUACAAACGCAGAUGUAAAGAAUGGAGCAGCACAGGAUACUGGGCAGAUGGAUCUCAGUAAGGUGGACACACAUUUCAUGAAAAAGAUACCAACAGGGGCAGAGGCUUCCAAUGUGCUAGUUGGAGAACUGGACUUUUUAGAGAGAUCCAUAGUUGCCUUUGUUCGCUUGUCUCCUGCUGUUCUGCUCACAGGACUUACUGAAGUUCCCAUACCGACUAGAUUCUUGUUCAUCUUGCUCGGUCCGGAUGGAAAAGCCCAGCAGUACCAUGAGAUUGGUCGCUCAAUGGCCACCAUAAUGACUGAUGAGAUUUUCCAUGAUGUCGCAUACAAGGCAAAGGACAGGAGUGAUUUAUUGGCCGGUAUAGAUGAGUUUCUAGAUCAAGUGACAGUUUUGCCUCCAGGAGAAUGGGACCCUUCUAUACGCAUUGAACCGCCUAAGAGUGUCCCUUCACAGGAGAAAAGAAAAAUGCCAGGAGUUCCAAACGGAACAGCUGUUCAAGUCGAGGAUGAACAGCAUGGGGAACAUCAUGGACCAGAACUACAGAGAACUGGGAGGUUGUUUGGAGGACUAAUUCUUGAUGUGAAGAGAAAAGUUCCGUUUUAUCUAAGUGAUUUUAGAGAUGGUCUAAGUUUGCAGUGUGUGGCAUCAUUCCUGUUCCUCUACUGUGCCUGCAUGUCACCCGUUAUUACUUUUGGAGGACUUCUGGGAGAGGCUACAGAAGGACGUAUUAGUGCGAUUGAGUCUCUGCUAGGAGCCUCCAUGACUGGAGUAGCAUACUCUCUGUUUGCUGGACAACCUCUAACUAUACUGGGCAGUACUGGACCUGUUCUUGUGUUUGAAAAGAUCCUCUUCAAAUUUUGCAAAGACUAUGAUCUCUCUUACCUGUCCCUGCGCACUUGCAUUGGUCUCUGGACGGCGUUCCUUUGUCUGAUUCUCGUUGCAACAGACGCCAGCUCUUUGGUCUGUUACAUCACACGUUUCACAGAGGAGGCUUUCGCUGCACUCAUCUGUCUAAUCUUUAUUUACGAAGCUCUGGAAAAACUUUUCCAUCUUGGAGAACUGUACCCCAUUAAUAGACACGGAGAUCUGGACAAACUCACACUGGCCUUCUGUAGGUGUGCAGAACCUGAUACUCCAAGUAAUAAAACAUUAGAACAGUGGAGCCAGAGGAACAUCACAUCCGCUUUGGUUCCAUGGAGCAACCUCACUGUAUCGGAGUGCUUAGAUCUUCAUGGUCAUUUUAUUGGAACAGCGUGUGGACACCAUGGUCCCUACACCCCCGAUGUUCUCUUCUGGUCGGCCAUCUUGUUUUUUGGUACCUUCUUCCUGUCCAGCUUUCUUAAACAGUUCAAGACUAGCAGAUACUUUCCAACACGGGUACGGUCAAUGAUCAGCGAUUUUGCCGUGUUCCUCACCAUUGUUCUCAUGGUCCUGAUUGAUUACAUCAUUGGAGUUCCCUCGCAAAAAUUACGAGUGCCAAGUAAAUUUAAGCCGACACGCGAUGACCGUGGCUGGCUGAUAAACCCUAUUGGGCGAAACCCAUGGUGGACGGCUCUGGUAGCUUCAAUACCAGCUCUUCUCUGCACCAUCCUCAUUUUCAUGGACCAACAGAUCACUGCAGUCAUAAUAAACCGCAAAGAACACAAACUACAGAAAGGCUGUGGGUACCAUUUGGACCUUCUGAUGGUUGGAGUGAUGUUGGCUGUUUGUUCCAUUAUGGGGUUGCCUUGGUUUGUUGCAGCAACUGUAUUGUCGAUAUCCCAUGUCAACAGCCUGAAGCUGGAGUCGGAAAGCUCCGCCCCUGGAGAGCAGCCUAGAUUUCUGGGUAUUAGAGAGCAGAGACUGACUGGUUUGGUCAUUUUUCUUCUGAUGGGUUGUUCUGUCUUUAUGACUGGAGUAUUACAGUUCAUUCCAAUGUCAGUGCUCUAUGGUGUUUUCCUGUACAUGGGAGCAUCAUCUCUGAAAGGAAUACAGUUCUUUGACCGUCUGAUGUUGUUUGGCAUGCCGGCGAAACACCAGCCAGACUUUAUUUAUCUACGGCAUGUUCCUCUGAGGAAGGUUCACCUGUUCACUCUGACCCAACUUACCUGCCUUGUGCUGCUCUGGGUCAUUAAAACCUCCCCUGCUGCGAUCGUCUUCCCUAUGAUGGUUUUAGCACUCGUGUUUAUCCGUAAACUGCUGGAUUUCUGUUUCUCCAAGCGAGAGCUCAGUUACCUUGAUGAUCUGAUGCCUGAGAGUAAGAAGAAGAAGUUGGAUGAUGAUUCCAAAAAAGCAGAGGAGGAGUCACAAGAGAUGUUGGUUGGUGACAGUGAUAAAGAAGAUAAAAAUACAGUGCAGAUCCAAAUGGAGAGCAAACCUCUACACUCACCCAGAACCCCAGACCCCAGGACUGAUCCCUCUGAUAUUAACAUAUCUGAUGAAAUGUCUAAAACUACUGUAUGGAAAUCCCUCAAUUCCAAUCACAAGGAUACAGCAUGCUCAAGUACACAUAAAAAGGAGAUACUGUGAAGUACGUCCACAAAUUGAAGAAGUUACGUACUUGGCAUCGGUUGUUUAAAAUUCUGUCAUUCAUAUGCUAAAAAUAUACAUAUGUUAUUAACUCUUUCCCACUAUUUUACACACACGCUCACACACACACACACACACACACACAUACAAAAGUAGUACCGUACAGUAAAAGAUCCGAGUCUGAUUUAUGUAUAGCUGUGUGAGUGUUGUGUGAUGUACAAGUGUGUUAAUGUGUGUGAACGUUUGUGCAUAGAGGAGAACACACUCUCCAAUCAAAUCCAGGUUAUUUUUAAUGUUUCAUUCAGUUUUAGCAAAUGUUGAUGUCUCUGUGCUUUGCUGUAAAGUUUUUCGAGUCUAUUUUUUGGUAAUCGUCUCGUUCUCAUUCGAAGUAUAACUGAUUAAAUGUUUUCACUUUUAGCUGUAAACUUGCUGUAGAUGUUACUGUAUAAGUAUGCUUUGUUCACCAUCAAACAACAAACAAUGAGUAUGUGUGUUCAGGCUAAUCGGCUGAUGAAUAAUAACCUCAGUUUGGUAUAAAUAGCCGUCAGUUAUAUUAGACCAACAUGCCCAUGAACCAAAUCAGUCCUUAUCUAGUAAAUACUGUAUACUAUUUUUAUGAGUGUGUUGUAUUGAAACUUGUUAAUAUUGAGCAAUAAAUGGCUUUUAUGUAGUAAGGUCACCAGGUACACUGAUGGAUAAAUAUGAACUUGAGGUUUCUUUGUCAUGGGUGUUUUUCAAUCAGUAAAAACCGAAUAUAGACCAGGAAGCGUAAGUCUUGGGGGCACCAAGGACAAAGAGCUCUGAUGGUAAACUGGAUUGUUCAGGCUUUUAUUUUAAGGUCCUUUCCGGCCAGUGGCCCCAGUGUUAAGCCAUCUCCUUUAGACUACCUCCCCGCACCUCCCCACAUGGUUUCUGCACUGAAAGAGGUAAAAUGUGGUUUAACCUUUUAACCUCAGUAAAGUUAAACUUUAUUUACAGUUGCACUUUGUGUAGAUAUUUACUGAUAUGAUUUUAUAUUUUGAAAUUAUUAUAUAGUUAUAUUAUUAUAAUACUAUAUUAUUGUAUAUUUAGAAUUAUUAUAUAUUAUAGGAAUGCAAUUAUUUUAAGAACUUUCUUUUUUAUAUAUAUAAAUUUGAAUAAAAUAGCUGAACAGAUGUGCACAAGAUGCACGACACAUGAUGUUCAUAUAUGAAUGGGUUACAUUUCUUAUAAGACAAAUUUUCUGUAAAUCUGUUUUCUGUGGUCAUUUUAGUCACAUUUAAUAAAAACUGCCUUCAGGUAACAGGAGAAGGUCAAUAUGUAAUUUGCUUUUGAAUGUUGAGAAAUGCUGAAUGUUACCAGCACUAAGCUACUCAAUAAUCUUUAUUGUUCCAUUCAUGGUCUUCUUGAAUACAGAAAUGUUAUCCCUAUGUUGAUUGUAAAUGUUAUGGUGCUGGGAUGUACUCAAAGAGAAUGUCAUACCAAUAAAUUUUAGCUUUUCUGAAUGAUAUUAACUUGUUGCCCAUGUCUAUUGCAGAGGAACCUGUGCACACUUGUUAGAGCCAAUUUUAUAUUACAUUGAUGUUAUAUUACUUUUUGUCCCAUUUAAAUCAAAUUAC